AUGUCCCUUCUUCGCGCUGCCCAAGCCGUGGCUCGGCCUGGCGCGGGUCUUCGCACCACUGUCGGUGCUCGUUUCAACUCUAGCAAGUCGGACCCCACUCCAGCUACAUCGACCAAGGACUCGGCAGUGGUUCCAACUCCCCCUCCUACCGAAGAAAUCCUCGCUGCUGAUACCAUUAGUGGCGCUCCUACUGAAUUGAGGCAGCGUGUUGUUCGAAUUUACCAGCCAACCCGAAACACUAUGCAAAGCGGCUCCGGAAAGACCGAACGUUGGAGGAUAGACUUUGACAUCUUGCCUGGAGGUUCUCGGUGGGAGAACCCCCUCAUGGGUUGGGCCAGCUCUGCCGACUACAUGCAGGGUACCCGGCUUACAUUCAGGUCCAAGGAGGACGCGGCCCAUUUCGCAGAAAAGCAGGGAUGGGACUACUAUGUCCAACCUCCGGAAGUCAAGCGUAUCCCCCCCAAGAAUUAUGCCGAGAACUUUGUCUACAAGCCUCACAAGCUCCGUAUCAUGAGGACCAAAUAACGAGCCAACUGUUUCGAUUAGUAGAAACCUCUGCUUUCUUGUCCACAUCCACAUCCGCUUCGAGCUACCGUCGCGUCGCAGGGGUUCCCAAGGCCGUUCAUACAGGGCCAAUGAUAGACAUGUUGGUUAGUAGACUCUGGCUUCUGAUAGAUAGGCGAAUAA